UCACAGCUGGCACCACUGACGACGCCAUUUAUCGAAAAAGUACCGAGAAAAAUUUGAUCCGUGAAAAAGUGCAAAAAAUCGAGAAAAAAGUCACGGAAAAGUGCGAAAUUGUGUGCUAUUGCGAAGAUUACAACCCAAGGAAUUUCUAUAGUGAGGAAAAAGUAUUCCCAGUGACAGAAGAAAAAAAGGGAAAGAAAAGAGUAAAUCAUGGAGCAAUUUACACCGAAAGAAGUGAGAAUUCUAGAGACAGUGGAGGAUAUCCAGGAACGUCGUGAGCAAGUGCUUGGUCGUUACAAUGACUUUAAGCUUGAGACGCGUCAGAAGAGGGAGAAACUCGAGGAUUCUCGACGUUUUCAGUACUUCAAGCGCGAUGCCGAUGAACUGGAGAGUUGGAUUCAUGAGAAGCUUCAGGCUGCCAGUGAAGAGAGCUACCGUGAUCCGACGAAUCUUCAGGCCAAGAUUCAGAAGCAUCAGGCUUUUGAGGCUGAAGUAUCGGCGCAUAGCAAUGCCAUUGUGACGCUGGAUAAUACCGGACAGGAGAUGAUCAAUCAACAGCAUUUUGCAUCUGAGACAAUUCAGAGGAGAUUGGAUGAGUUGCAUCGUCUCUGGGAAUUGUUGCUGUCGCGUUUGGCUGAGAAGGGAAUGAAAUUGCAGCAGGCUUUGGUGUUGGUGCAAUUUCUUCGUCAUUGCGAGGAGGUUAUGUUCUGGAUUAAGGACAAGGAGGCAUUUGUGACAGCUGAUGAGUUUGGGCAUGAUUUGGAGCAUGUGGAGGUUCUUCAGAGAAAAUUUGAUGAAUUCCAGAAGGAUAUGGCUUCGCAGGAGUAUCGUGUGACGGAGGUGAAUCAAAUGGCGGAUAAAUUGAUUCAGGAUGGUCAUCCGGAGCGUGAUAUUAUCACGAAGAAGAAGGAAGAACUCAAUGAGGCAUGGCAGAGGCUAAAACAAUUGGCAAUUUUGAGGCAGGAAAAGCUCUUUGGAGCUCAUGAGAUUCAGCGCUUCAAUCGAGAUGCCGAUGAGACUGUUGCGUGGAUCGCUGAGAAAGACGUUGUACUUUCAUCGGAUGAUCAUGGACGGGAUUUAGCCAGUGUUCAGGCACUUCAGCGUAAGCAUGAGGGUGUUGAGCGUGAUUUGGCAGCUCUUGAGGAUAAAGUAGCUACACUGAGUGAUGAGGCACAACGUCUGUGUAGUACACAUGAUGAUCAUGAUGGUCAGAUUAGGGAGAAACAGGCAGAAAUUGCCGCAACGUGGGAAUCACUGAAGGCGAAGGCGAAGGAUCGCAAGGAGAAACUCGAUGAAUCACACUCUUUGCAUCGGUUUUUGGCUGAUUUCCGCGAUCUCAUUUCCUGGAUCAAUGGCAUGAAGGCUAUCAUUUCGGCAGAUGAGUUGGCUAAGGAUGUGGCUGGUGCUGAAGCUCUGUUGGAGCGUCAUCAGGAGCACAAGGGGGAAAUUGAUGCACGUGAAGAUAGCUUCAAGCUAACAGCCAGGGCUGGUAAUUCACUGCUAGAACGAAAGCACUAUGCCGAAUCGGAAGUCCUGGAAAAGCUGACAGUGUUGGAGAAUGAAAAGACAGCUCUGCACAAUCUCUGGGAAGAUCGUCGAAUUCUCUAUGAGCAAUGCAUGGAUUUGCAGCUAUUCUAUCGCGAUACCGAGCAAGCUGACACUUGGAUGGCUAAGCAGGAAGCUUUCCUGGCAAAUGAAGAUUUGGGUGAUUCAUUGGAUUCCGUUGAGGCUCUGAUCAAGAAGCAUGAGGAUUUUGAGAAGAGUCUGGCAGCUCAGGAGGAAAAAAUCAAAGCACUGGAUAUCUUUGCGACGAAACUCAUCGAUGGGCAGCACUAUGCUGCUGAUGAUGUAGCUCAGAGGCGUGCAAUGCUCCUGGCCAGACGAUCGGCCCUGCUGGAGAAGUCAAGUGCUCGACGCCUGUUGCUUGAGGAUUCCAAUAAAUUGCAGCAAUUUGAAAGGGAUUGCGAUGAGACAAAAGGUUGGAUCAGUGAAAAAUUGAAAUUUGCCACUGAUGAUAGCUACUUGGAUCCAACAAAUCUCAAUGGGAAAGUGCAGAAACAUCAGAAUUUUGAGCAAGAACUCAAUGCCAAUAAAUCCCGAAUUGAAGAUAUCACGACAAUUGGAUCAGAAUUGAUUGAUCGCAAUCACUAUGCAUCGGAUCAGAUUAAUUCACGCAUGCAGGAGAUCAUAACGCUGUGGGAAACACUGAUUCAGGCUUCAGAUAAGAAGGGAUGCAAACUGCAGGAGGCAUCGCAACAGCAACAAUUCAAUCGAACCAUUGAAGAUAUUGAACUUUGGUUGAGUGAAAUUGAGGGGCAAUUGAUGUCGGAGGAUUAUGGGAAGGAUUUGACGAGUGUGCAGAAUUUGCAGAAGAAGCAUGCUCUGUUGGAAUCCGACGUUCAAGCGCAUCAGGAUCGGAUUGAAAGUAUCAAAGUGGCAGCAGGAAAGUUCAUUGAGAGUGGACAUUUUGACGCAGAGAAUAUUGACAAUAAGGAAAAUGCUCUGUCAAAGAGGUAUUCAGCCCUGGCAGCUCCAAUGGGAGAUCGUAGGAAGCGUCUGCUUGAUUCACUUCAAGUGCAACAGUUGUUCAGAGAUCUCGAAGAUGAAGCUGCAUGGAUUAGGGAGAAGGAACCAAUUGCUGGAUCAACUAAUCGUGGAAGGGAUUUAAUUGGUGUGCAGAAUUUGAUUAAAAAACAUCAUGCUGUUUUGGCUGAGAUCAAUAAUCAUGAAAGUCGUUUGGCAGCUGUUGUGAAAAAUGGUGAAGUGAUGGUCAACGAGCAGCCAUUUGCCGGAGAGGGGAUCAAACAGAGGCUGGAUGCAUUGAAAGAUCAAUGGAGUAACUUGAAAGAGAAGGCACUUCAGAGAAAACAAGAUCUAGAGGAUUCACUUCAGGCUCAUCAAUACUUUGCCGAUGCCAAUGAGGCAGAAUCGUGGAUGAAGGAGAAGGAACCAAUUGUCUCCAGUACUGACUAUGGCAAAGAUGAAGAUAGUUCAGAAGCUCUGCUGAAGAAGCAUGAAGCUCUGGUGUCUGAUCUUGAGGCAUUCGGUAAUACCAUUCAGUCACUUCAGGAGCAAGCAAAGAAUUGUCGUCAACAGGAGACUCCAGUGGUUGAUAUUACAGGAAAGGAAUGCGUUGUUGCUCUCUAUGACUACACAGAGAAGUCUCCGAGGGAAGUGUCCAUGAAGAAGGGAGAUGUUCUUACCCUUCUCAACAGCAACAACAAAGAUUGGUGGAAGGUUGAAGUGAACGACAGGCAGGGAUUUGUUCCAGCAGCCUACAUCAAGAAAAUCGAUGCUGGAUUGAGUGCAAGUCAGCAGAAUUUAGUAGAUGGCUAUUCAAUUGGCAAGAGACAAGCACAGAUCAAUGCUCAGUACGAUAAUCUUCUGGCAUUGGCAAGGGAACGGCAGAAUAAGUUGAAUGAGACGGUAAAAGCUUACGUCCUAGUAAGAGAAGCUGCAGAUCUAGCUGCUUGGAUCAAGGACAAAGAAAAUCAUGCUCAGAUCAAGGAUGUCGGAGAAGAUCUCGAAGAAGUCGAAGUGAUGCAGAAGAAAUUUGAUGAUUUCAAUGAUGACCUCAAAGCAAAUGAAGUUCGUCUGGCCAAUAUGAAUGAGAUUGCAGUUCAGCUAACUUCACUCGGUCAAACUGAAGCUGCUCUGAAAAUUCAAACUCAAAUGCAAGAUCUCAAUGAGAAAUGGGCUACACUUCAGCAAGUGACAACAGAAAGGGCUUCUCAACUUGGAUCAGCUCAUGAAGUCCAACGAUUCCAUCGGGAUAUUGAUGAGACGAAAGAUUGGAUUGCCGAGAAGGAAAAUGCCCUCAAUAAUGAUGAUCUUGGAAAGGAUUUGAGAAGUGUUCAAACUCUCCAGCGCAAACAUGAGGGCUUGGAGAGAGAUCUGGCAGCACUUCGGGAUAAAAUCCGUCAAUUGGACGAGACAGCUAAUCGCUUAAUGCAGAGUCAUCCGGAAAGUGCUGAGCAAACUUAUGCCAAGCAGAAGGAGAUCAACGAAAUGUGGGAUCAGAUCACAACAAAAGCAACGGCACGCAAAGAGAAACUCUUGGAUUCGUACGAUCUGCAACGCUUCCUCAGUGACUACCGUGAUCUUAUGGCGUGGAUCAGCUCAAUGAUGGGUCUUGUGACAUCUGAGGAAUUGGCCAAUGAUGUGACUGGAGCUGAAGCUCUUAUUGAGCGUCAUCAGAAUCAACGAGCCGAAUUUGAUUUCCGUUACGGUAUCCCGCAGGAACAUCGCACGGAAAUUGAUGCACGUGCUGGAACAUUUGCGGCUUUUGAGCAAUUUGGAACGGAAUUGCUGCAGGCCAAUCACUAUGCAUCACCGGAGAUUCAGGAGAAGAUCGAUGGAUUGGCCAAGGCACGAGAUGAAUUGGAGAAUGCAUGGACCCUUAGACGUUUGCAGUUGGAUCAGAAUUUGGAUUUGCAGCUGUACUUGAGGGAUUGUGAGCAGGCUGAGAAUUGGAUGUCGGCUCGUGAGGCUUUCCUCAAUGCUGAAGAAGUGGAUUCGAAGGGAGACAAUGUUGAGGCUUUGAUUAAGAAGCAUGAGGACUUUGAUAAGGCAAUCAAUGGGCAUGAGGAGAAGAUUGCAGCUCUUCAGGUGUUGGCUGAUCAAUUGACAGCUCAGGAGCACUAUGCCAGUAAGGAGAUUGAUGACAAGAGGCAGCAGGUCCUGGAGAGGUGGCGCCAUCUCAAGGAGGGACUCAUUGAAAAGAGAUCCCGAUUGGGAGAUGAGCAGACACUUCAGCAAUUCAGUCGAGAUGCUGAUGAAAUUGAAAAUUGGAUUGCUGAGAAGUUGCAAUUGGCCACGGAAGAGAGUUACAAAGAUCCAGCUAACAUUCAAUCUAAGCACCAGAAGCAUCAGGCUUUCGAGGCUGAAUUGGCUGCAAAUGCAGAUAGGAUUCAGAGUGUCCUGGCCAUGGGGGGUAAUUUGAUUAAUAAGAAACAAUGCAGUGGUUCUGAAGAUGCCGUACAGAAGCGUUUGUCAUCAAUUGCCGAUCAAUGGGAAUAUCUGACGCAGAAGACCACGGAGAAGUCGCUGAAGUUGAAGGAAGCCAACAAACAGAGGACUUACAUUGCAGCUGUUAAGGAUUUGGACUUUUGGCUUGGAGAAGUUGAGAGUCUACUGACAUCUGAGGAUGCCGGAAAGGAUUUGGCCUCAGUGCAGAAUCUGAUGAAAAAGCAGCAACUCGUGGAGGCUGACAUUCAAGCUCAUGAGGAUCGUAUCAAGGAUAUGAAUCAACAGGCAGAUUCUCUUGUUGACAGUGGACAAUUUGACAGUGCUGGAAUCCAGGAGAAACGUCAAUCGAUCAAUGAGCGCUAUGAGAGAAUCCGAAAUUUGGCAGCUCAUCGUCAGGCUCGUCUCAAUGAAGCACUGACACUGCAUCAGUUCUUCCGUGACAUUGCCGAUGAGGAGAGUUGGAUCAAGGAGAAGAAGCUUCUUGUGGGCAGCGACGACUAUGGCAGAGAUUUGACUGGUGUCCAAAAUCUCAAGAAGAAGCACAAGCGUCUCGAGGCUGAAUUGGCAUCCCAUGAGCCGGCAAUUCAGGCUGUUCAGGAGGCUGGUGAGAAAUUGAUGGAUGUCUCGAAUUUGGGAGUACCAGAAAUUGAACAACGCCUCAAGGCACUCAAUCAAGCCUGGGCUGAACUCAAAGGUCUGGCAGCUACGCGUGGACAGAAACUCGAUGAAUCUCUCAUCUAUCAGCAAUUCCUGGCCAAGGUGGAGGAAGAGGAGGCCUGGAUCACGGAGAAGCAACAACUGCUGUCCGUUGAGGAUUAUGGUGAUUCCAUGGCAGCUGUUCAGGGAUUACUGAAGAAGCACGAUGCCUUCGAGACGGACUUUGCUGCCCAUCGGGAUAGAUGCUCAGAUAUCUGUGAGCAUGGUGCUAAACUGGUGGCCAACAAUAAUCACCAUCAGGAUAGCAUUAAGCAGAGAUGUGCUCAGUUGAAAAAUAAACUGGACAAUCUGUCGAGCUUGGCUACAAGGCGCAAGGCAGCUCUCCUGGACAAUUCUGCGUACUUGCAGUUUAUGUGGAAGGCGGAUGUUGUGGAAAGUUGGAUUGCCGACAAGGAGAGUUAUGUGAGAUCCGAAGAAUAUGGACGAGAUUUAUCCACUGUUCAGACACUGCUCACAAAACAGGAGACCUUUGAUGCUGGUCUUACGGCUUUUGAGCAGGAGGGAAUUCACAAUAUAACAGCUCUCAAAGAUCAACUGAUUGGCGCCAAUCACGCACAAUCACCAUCAAUUAUUAAGCGCCAUGAGGAUGUUUUGGCUCGUUGGCAGAAGUUGCGUGAAGCAUCUGAUGCUCGCAAAUUCCGCCUUCUCUCCAUGCAAGAUCAAUUCAGGCAAAUUGAGGAGCUGUACUUGACUUUUGCCAAGAAAGCAUCUGCCUUCAAUUCGUGGUUUGAGAAUGCUGAAGAAGAUCUCACAGAUCCCGUCCGAUGCAAUUCCAUUGAGGAGAUUAAGGCUCUCCGCGAGGCUCAUGCUCAGUUCCAAGCAUCACUGUCAUCAGCUGAAGCUGACUUCAAGGCACUAGCAGCUCUUGAUCAGAAGAUUAAGAGCUUCAAUGUGGGACCAAAUCCAUACACAUGGUUCACAAUGGAGGCUCUCGAGGAUACUUGGCGCAAUUUGCAGAAGAUUAUUGAGGAGAGAGACGGUGAAUUGGCCAAGGAGGCUCAUCGUCAGGAGGAAAAUGACAAAUUGCGCAAAGAAUUUGCCAAGCAUGCCAAUUUGUUCCAUCAGUGGCUCACAGAAACAAGAUAUAUUAUUCUCGGCUGGGAUAAUAAUGGGACUUCAAUGAUGGAAGGAUCGGGAUCUUUGGAGCAACAAUUGGAGGCAUUGCGUGUGAAGGCUAUUGAAGUGCGUGCUCGUCGAGUGGACUUGAAGAAGAUUGAGGAAUUGGGUGCUCUGCUCGAGGAGCAUCUGAUCCUGGACAAUCGCUAUACGGAACACUCAACUGUGGGUUUGGCACAGCAAUGGGAUCAGUUGGAUCAGUUGUCCAUGAGGAUGCAGCACAAUUUGGAGCAACAGAUUCAGGCACGCAAUCAUUCGGGAGUGUCUGAGGAUUCACUCAAGGAAUUCAGCAUGAUGUUCAAGCACUUUGACAAGGACAAGAGUGGCAAGUUGAAUCAUCAGGAAUUCAAGUCGUGCUUGAGGGCUCUGGGGUAUGAUUUGCCGAUGGUGGAGGAGGGACAACCUGAUCCAGAAUUUGAGGAUAUUUUGAGUGUAGUGGAUCCAAAUAGGGAUGGAUAUGUUUCACUGCAGGAAUACAUUGCCUUCAUGAUAUCCAAAGAGACGGAGAAUGUUCAGAGUUAUGAGGAAAUUGAGAAUGCCUUUAGAGCUAUUACAGCUUCCGAUAGACCAUAUGUCACCAAGGAAGAACUCUAUUGCAACCUCACCAAGGACAUGGCUGAUUACUGUGUCAACAGAAUGAAGCCCUACAUUGAUCCCAAGUCCGGACAUGCAGUAGCUGGUGCCCUGGAUUAUAUAGAUUUCACAAGGACGCUCUUCCAGAAUUAAAAGAGCUUCCAAACUUCAAAAAACCAGCAAAAACAUCCCUGCUCUGCCGCUAGUUUUUCCGCCUCGCCAAAAAGAAAAUCUUCUGGGGCUAAAAAUUGUCUUUUGGUAAAUUAUUAUAUAUUUUUUUGCACUUGGGAAUGCAACUUUAACCACUCACCCUUCUGUCCGAUCGCACAUGAAAUUGUGCGAUGUUGAAUUUAUCAAGAAGGAAGAAGCCACAAAAAGUGAGUGUCAAUUUUUUUUUCUUAUUAUUUUUCUUCGAUUGCAUUUCCCAAAAAUUUCAUCGUAUUUUCGUAGUGUGUGUUAGAAUUCUAUAUUUUAUAAGAAAUAAAUCCCCAUAUAUAUGUUUGUUUUAAACACUUUCCUAAAGUAUAUGGCAUUUAAUCGUAUUCACAAUAUUAAAUGGCUUGAUGUAAGGCACAAUUUUCCGCAAAAAGAAAAACAAUUGCAAUUUAGGAAAGCUUAAAAAGAAAAAAAAUAAAUGCUUGAAAAAAUUUUGUGCAUCGAAAGCCAAUAAAUAUUCAUUCUUCAAUAAA